GAGUUAGUAAACGAGACAAACGGUGGUUCCUCAUCCAUUAGAAGCCAGCAACCCUCCGCCAGAAAGUCUACCGAUGCAAGGCUGCCUCGAUUAACACCUAGCGUCUGUAAGUCGUUUUUGCUAUUAGCGGAUAGAACUGCGUUGUGGUUGUGGUUGGAAACCAUGUCUUUACUGGCAGUCGUUGCGGAUUGUUCGAAACCUCUUGUAUUAAUUUAAUGCAUACGACAGUCCACCUGACCAAGCGCGCCAUUCCUCUUCCUCACAUCCCAAGCAUUGCCCAGGAAAGUAAUGAAAAGAAAAUGGAAAAAGCCGGUCAGACUUCCAUCGACACCCACCCCGCCCGAGCGCCCGAAGGCAAGACCUCGAGAAAAGCCGGGGUACAGAUCAUCGCCACUCUCUAUACAGCUGUAGCUCAAAGAGCCAACAACCGCCACCUUUGCAGGCAGGUCGAGAGUAAAAAAACAUAAAGCCUCACUGUAGGGUGCCGAGGAUAUCGAUCAUCAACCCGGGUGGGAUCUGUGGCUCCUUUAGGGAACACAAAAGAGGACAACUACUAUAGAAAUGAUUCUCUGAAGUAUUGUCGCUUGGAG